CCGGCGGCGGGCGGAAGUGGGCGGGCCGCGGCGGGCGGAAGUGGGCGGGCGCUGUUGUUUGGGGCCGGGACCUCCGGAGGGGCGUUCUCCCGCCGCAGGCCGCCGUGACAGGGCCGCCCGCCCGCCCGCCCGCCCGCCCGGCGCCCCCGCCCGCUCCCCCGGGCGCAGCGUCCGCUCCGGCCUCCUCCGCGACCCGCAGGCCCACAACAUGGCGCAGGAGGUGCCCGAGUUCCUGAGCCAGAACCCGCGGGCGGCCGCCUGGGUGGAGGCGCUGCGCGGCGACGGCGAGACCGACAAGCACUGGCGCCACCGCCGGGAGUUCCUGCUCCGCAACGCGGGCGACCUGGCCCCCGCGGCCGCCGCGGAGAAGGAGGAGGAGGAGGAGGCGGCCGCCGGGAGCGGCGCCCGCCGGCGGCGGCUGCAGCAGCUCGUCUCCUUCUCCAUGGCCUGGGCCAACCACGUCUUCCUGGGGUGCCGGUACCCCCAAAAAGUUAUGGAUAAAAUACUUAGUAUGGCUGAAGGCAUCAAAGUGACCGAUGCUCCAAUCCAUACCACCCGAGACGAACUGGUUGCCAAGAAGGGGUAGAAGAGCCAACGAAAAAACGAGUUCUAGAAGGAAAUACCAAUUCUGCAGUUGAGCAAGAUAAUGCAAAGAUUUCUGCCAAAACAGAACAUGCAUCAGCUCAGCAGGAAAACAGCUCGGUGUGUGCGGGGUCAUCUACCAAACCAGAGAGUGGUGGGACCUCCACCCGGAGCUUUGGCACCUCCGAUCAGAGUAGCUCCACCAGUGAUGGCGAUCAGCCUGCUUCCAGCCAGAGCAGCGGCUCCUCUCAGGUCACAGCAGCAGGGGCUGGCAAGGCUUCUGAGGCAGAAGCCCCAGAUAAACACAGCUCAGCAGCAUCGAUCGUUUCUUCGUUGUUGAAAUCCAGUGUGAAUAGUCAUGUGACCCAGUCCACUGAUUCCAGUCAACAAAGUGGAUCCCCGAAGAAGAGUGCUUCGGAAGGCUCUUCGGUCUCGGCUUCCCCGAGCCUCUCGGAGGUUGAGGUGCCACUGUUGGGCCCCUCGGGAAGCGCAGAGGUAGAGUUGCCACUGUUGUCUUCUAAGCCGAGUCCAGAGACAGCUUCAAGUGGGUUAACCUCCAAAGCCAGCUCGGAGGCGAAUGUUUCCCCCCCGUUUUCUAAGAGCAGCUCUUCCUCAGGCACAUCCUCACUGGCGCCCAAGAACAGCACACCAGUAAAUACUUCAAUGCUGACUUCCAAAAGCACUUCGCAGGUGGCUGCAUCGAUACUAGCGUCUAAGAGCAGCCCCCAGGCCAGCGGAUCUCUGGCUUCCAAAAGCACUUCCUUAGCAGGUGUGUCCCAGCUGGCUUCCAAGAGUAGUUCUCAGACUAGCACAUCCCAGUUGCCUUCUAAAAGUGCUUCCCAGUCAAGUGAGAGUGCUGUCAGAUUCUCUUACUGCAAGUUAACCAGUGAAGAUGUGAAACAGAAGCAGCCCUUUUUCAACAGGCUGUACAAAACGGUGGCGUGGAAGCUGGUUGCCGUGGGUGGCUUCAGUCCCAGCGUGAAUCACGGCGAGCUCUUAAACGCGGCCAUCGAGGCUCUGAAAGCAACCCUCGAUGUGUUUUUCGUCCCGCUGAAAGAACUGGCAGACCUGCCGCAAAGUAAGAGCUCCCAAGAAAGCAUUGUUUGUGAGUUGAGAUGCAAGUCUGUGUAUUUGGGCACUGGCUGUGGAAAAAGCAAAGAAAAUGCAAAAGCGGUUGCAUCCAGAGAAGCAUUAAAGGUAUUUCUCAAGAAAAAGGUGGUAGUCAAAAUAUGUAAAAGGAAGUACAAAGGCAGUGAAAUAGAAGACCUAGUGCUCCUUGAUGAAGAAUCAAGGCCUGUAAACUUACCUCCAGCAUUAAAACACCCUCAAGAAUUACUAUAAUAUGUGCAAAGUGUCACCGCAUACAGUAUCUGGUAUUGGAAGAGAAAAACUGACUUUUGUAUCAUAUAAACAGGCUUUCACAAAUUUUGUAUUGCUUUUUUCCAGUUUUGCAGAAAAUUUACAUUCUAGUUCUCUUCACACAGUAGAAGUUGUAAAUAACUUAUGGAUGACAGUACACAUUAAAAGAUAUGCAUUAACAGCAUACCAGUAUGCUGUUUUAUUUGCUGAGGGAAAUACUGUCUUCUAUUUUUAAUGAUGCAUUAGGUACGGUGUGUAGUUCUGUAGAGUCUUAAAACUUUUGUACUGCUUUUGAUUUGGUGAAAUUACAUUAAGUUGUCUACCAUGCUUUUUUUUUUUUUUCCUAGUGAACAUCAAGAAAAGGGGACCAUAGUAUUUGAAAGUCUGAAGCUUAAGGUUUUAAGAAUGUUGCCCAGAAUGUUGAAUGUGUCUGUUAAAUAAUAAAAGAAAAAAUAGUUGCCUCAGACUAUUUUUAUGAGAAGUUGUAAGCAUUUUUUAGAUAUAAAGCAGUAUAAAGUACUUAAGGUUAUUUUAUUCUGAGGUUGCUUAAAAUUCAUGAUUUUGACCACUGCAGAUUCUUUAAGUGUGUUAAUAAUUUAUGUUUUGAGGUAAAAAUACAAUUUACACUUUUUCUUAAGACAAAUGUGGGUUUCUAUAUUAAACAUAUUUUGUGACUACUGCUAUUAACACAUUGAUUUGUUUAGAUAUUAAAUGCUUUAAGCUAUUUUACCUUUUCAA